CUGCCUUUCGUUCGCUCUUAACUCGCCCGCCGCUGCGCUCUGACAGUUGAGCGAGACGCCGCCGAGGAGGAAACUCCGGGGGCGUGAAGAGCGCAUUCGGUUCCUCACCCGGCCGCCCCCCCCCACGAGCAGCUCGCCGAGUUGGCCCGGAACGCCGCCGAGGAGGGAGAUGGGGAGGAUCCGCGUGUGAAGGGGCAAGAGGAGCAACAGGGUGGCGGCAAGCUGGCAAGUGAGCUCCGGUUCUUCAUGCUGAAGCAAGGGGCGGGACCCCCGGCUGUUGCAUCAUCAUCAUCAUCAUCACCACCUUCAACCAUGUGAGAGGAGUUCCGAGCAAGCACAGGAUGAGCACAUCCGGCACAAGCUGAACCGGCUUCCCGACCCCCACCCCCCAUCCCACUCAGCCUCCUCCAGCCUCCCUCCAAUUCCCACAUGAGCGCGAGAAGAUGACUAUCACCAGUCGGCAGUCCUUGAAUGUCCUGACGGUCAUCUUCCUCUUGCUGUCCACCGCAGCGCUCUCGGCUCACUAUCGGGUGUGCGAGCCCUACUCCGACCAAAAGGGCCGCUACCACUUCGGCUUCCACUGCCCGCGCCUGUCGGACAACAAGACCUACAUGUUCUGCUGCCACCACAACAACACGGCCUUCAAGUACUGCUGCAACGACACAGAGUUCCAGACGCUCAUGCAGAUCAACCUCACGACCAGCGCCGACGGCUAUUCACACAAUAACUACACAGCACUGGUGGGAGUUUGGAUCUACGGCUUCUUCGUCAUGGUGCUGCUGGCGCUGGACUUCCUCUACUACUCGGCCAUCAAUUACGAGCUGUGUCGGGUGUACCUGGAGAAAUGGGGGCUGGGGGGCCGCUGGCUGAAGAAGGCCCGCAGUCAGUGGCAGCGGUCCAUGGCGGAGGAGAGUCAGGCCCAGGCUCAGCCCACCGUGCCCGGCCUCUACCAGCCCAGGCACAGCCUCCGGGGGGAGAGCCACAGCCCCACCCUGUUGCCCUACAACACAUCCAGCGCAUGAGCGAUGCGGUCGACGGAAGAGUAGCACUCCAUAUCCUGGAGAUGGGCUAGAGGAGGUGCCUCCUACAGACACUCUGGAUCAACACUUACAUAGGAAGCCAUCCAGGACGUCUUUGGCAGGGACGCCCUCUCCCCCCCCCACCAACACCCUCCCAUGAGCACAAGGCAGCCGUCGACUGACAGCGGCGGCAUUUAACGAGCCGGACCGAGCAACCGGGACCGGUAGAGUAGCCGAGCCGAGCCGAGCCGAGCGGCGAGCGAGCGACGCUCUAACGGCUGCCUGAGAGCGGACUGCAGUCGGAAGUGGUUCAGAUGCGAUGGUUUUUAAUAGGACUGCCGUGUCGGUUUGUGUUGCGUAGCAGUUUAGCGACGGUUCUCUAUUUUAUUUACGUGACGAGUCACACAACAACAACAACGACAGGUGGCGAACCUUCCGGAAUGUGACGUUCGUUAGGUGGAUGCCGAGCAUCUCACGUAGACUCCGAUGUGUUUUGUUCGCGGCGAUGUUUUAACGAGUGCUCGAUAUCGUGACGUAUCUAAACGGGGACUCGCGCCAUUUUUCCUGCUGUAGCUGAAAAAAAAAACAUAUAUAAUGGAUUUUUCACGUUUAUCUGUGUUAUGCUUUGAAAAAAGCAGGGGCUGGGGAACCUACCGUGAGAGCAAUGGAUAAAAAAACAAAACAAAAACAAAUAAAACCUCUGAAUUUUUUUUUUAAAGAGAAAAAAAACCCUCACAUGUUCAAAAUUUGUUCCGUAACAUUCCGACCCCACGUUUUCGAGAAAAAUGAUUCGUGAGGAUGAGGGUCGCCAUCCGUUUGAGUCAAGUUGCCACGGUAACCUCCAUCAACGACGGCUCCUCAAGCAAUACGGUGCACACCGAGGAGCGUAAUAAUCCCCGUGAGUCAAAUUUCCACGUCAAAACUCAUUUGUCAGCAAUAAUGUACAGUCGGGUGAAGGUUUGGCAACGUGUUACGGCGCAACGGUCACUCGGUCCACGGCAACAAAUGCAAAAACGCAUUCGUAGUCGCACUGCCUGUUCUCCAAAUGACAGUUUAGGACUUUGUACAAAAACUGCACUGCAAUUAGUAUUUUUCAUUUAAAAAAUAUGUUUUGUCUUGGUUUCACUAAUAGGUGUCAUAACAAAAGUCUGUCCUCGUGCUAAAUGCAAUAAAAUUUGGAGGAAAAAUGAUGUAACAUUUUGAUUUUUUUUUUAGAGCAGCGUGUGUCCAUUAGAAAAUAAUGAAUACAUUUUUUCAUAGUCACCUUUCGAAACAGUCAUUUAUCAUACAAACUUAAUAAAACUCAAUUAACUAUAGAUCAAAACAACUCAAUCUACUCUAAGAUUAAUUUAAGUUUUGUACAAUUUCUCACUAAAUUCUUCCCCUUCGACUGUGAAGACAAAAAUGGAUGAGUGGCGAUCACAUUUGUGUAAUUAUUCAUUAUGCUAACAUGAUUUGUCUUUGAAAUGAUGCAGCAAUCCAUCACAAUCUGUCAAAAUGGAUGAGGCCUUGAUGACUGAUUAUUAUUUCCAUUUUUUUAUACGUGCUAAAGAUUAAAUAGAACAUUUUUUCCCAAUACUGUAAAAUAGUUGCCUAAGUCAUAUUUGAAUGUUUAUGGAAAACAAGAAAAAAAAAAACUCAGACAAAGAUCAAGAAGAGUCCAGUUGCCCCAAUUCAGGUUUUACCCAUUAAUUACCACAACGCGCACUGAUAUUUUCCCAUUUUAAUUUUGACUUCAAAAUUAUUUGGGCAAUUACGCCGUCGUUGCGUCUCGACUUGUACACAACAAUCAUGACAUAUCCACAGUCCUCCAUAGUUCCUUAAGUAGGUCACGCUGUGUCACCAUGGCAACAACAGGGAUGCUGUUCCACUGAUGACACUGAGGACGUUUUUUUUUUAUUAUUAUUAUAAUUAUUAUUUUAACUUAAAUAACUCUUCGUGGCGGCUUUUUAGUUACUUUCCCUUUACCUGCAAUAAUAUCGAGCGUUUUCUGGGACGUUAGCGGAGGGUUGCAUCCCAUCAGAGGGGCUAACAUCUAAUUGGCCCCCCCGCGCCCCCCGCCCGCCGGAAUCUCCCGAUGGCGGCGCGCGGACAUAUUUUAACACACGGGGAAUAUAAUUGGCCUGCGGAUCAGCGGCGCUUUUAAUUCACGCUCCCUUGCUCUGUGCAGCUGCCCCCCCCCCCUCCUGCUUAGUCCCCACACACACACGAACCAAUUGGGGAAACUUUUAUUUGCCGGGGAUUUAAUUAGUCGCCGGCGCAAGAGAAGAUUCGGGAAUAAGGCGGAAGAGUCUCGUUCUUUCGGCCAUGUGACAUACAUAAUUAUCUUCCAUUCCCAUUUUUGUCGUUUUCAUGGCUUUGGCGUGAUGUGACAAAAAAAAAAAAAAAAAGAAAAAAAAAUAAAGGUGGAAAGGAGGGGGCGCAGGUUUGUUCUACGGGUUGUCAUGGUAACCGUUGCCUUACAGUUGAAGGACCCCCUCAACCCUGUACACACAAGCGUCAUCGUGGUUCCGAAACUUCACUUUUCCAAGUGCGGUGCUGGUGAUAAGUAUACAGUACGAUGUUCUGUUCAGUGUUGACGACUAGAUAGAAUACUGUGUGCCGUUCCCAGUUGAUUGCACUUGUUCACUUUGUAUCAUCACAAC